UCAGCGGAGGCGGGACCCGGGAAGCUCCUCCUCUGAUUGGCUGAGGCGGGAGAGCGGGAAAGCGGCUGCGGGGGUGUCUUCCCGGCGUGCACCGCGCGGGGGAAUCGGGAGAGACUGGGAGGGGAACUGGAAGGUCGCCGAUGGCCGAGCGUCGUCCGGGCCCUCCCAGUGCCACCCAAUGCUCCCAGUUCCCCCCUCUCGGUGCUCCCAGUGCCCCCCAGUGCUCCCAGUUCCCCCCUCCCAGUCUGGGGGCGCUCAUCCCCCCAUCCCACUUCGUGCUGCGUCCCAGUCCCCCUCACAGGUCCCUGGGGGCGGAGCUUGCUGUGGAAAGGGGGCGUGGCCAUGAGUUGGAGGUGGAGCUUAAAUCACUGAGGGGGCAGAGCCAAGCGCUGAAGGCAGAGCUUGAAGCAGAAAAGGGGCGGAGCCAAAGCCUGGAGGCGGAGCUUGAAGCAGAAAAGGGGCGGAGCCAAAGCCUGGAGGCAGAGCUUGAAGCAGAAAAGGGGCGUGGCCAAAGCCUGGAGACAGAGCUUGAAGCAGAAAAGGGGCGGAGCCGAAGCCUGGAGGCAGAGCUUGAAGCAGAAAAGGGGCGGAGCCAAAGCCUGGAGGCGGAGCUUGAAGCAGAAAAGGGGCGGAGCCAAAGCCUGGAGGCGGAGCUUGAAGCAGAAAGGAAGCAGCACCAAGUGCUGGAGGGGGAGCUUGAGGUCCUGAGGGGGCGUGGCCAGAGACUGGAGGAGGAGCUUGAGGCGGAAAGGGCGCAGAGCCAAAUCCUGGAGAUGGAGCUCAAGGCCCUGAGGGGGCGGGGCCAUAACCCAGAGGGGGCGGAGCCAAGCCCAGAGCAGGUGCUGCUGUCCCGCUGGCGCCAGAAGGUUUUCCAGCUGCUGCUGCAGGUGAGGCUGCACCAGGGCCAGGAGCUGCGGCUGCAGGGACAGGUGCGCUCCCUGGGUGCUGCUGUGGCCACCGGGUCCCGCCAGGUGUCACUGCUGGAGCUGCGGCUGCACCGGGGGGAGGAGGAGCUGCGGGGGGAGAGACAGGCCCUGUCCCAGGAGCGGCUCCGGGCGGAGGCAGCCGAGGAGGAACUGGGGAAACUGGGACAGGCCCUGCGGCGGCUGUUGGGGACACUGGGCAUGGCCCUGGCCAAUGUCACCGCGGCUGUCGGGGCCCUGGAGACCCUCAGUGAGCGCCUGGGACGGGCCCGGCACCGACUGUGGGCACUGGUGGCCUCGGGCCGGCUCCAGAGGCAGCGGCAGCUGGAGGGGACAGCAGGGGACAGUGGCACGGUAGCCCCAGAGGUGACACCGGAGGUGACAACAGCACAGCUGAAGGGGUGGCACCGAGGUGACAGCGGGGACACUGGGGGUGGCUCUGUCCCCAAGGUGCCACCCCUGUGUCCCCCCAAGGGCAGGGACAGGACCCAGCCACUUCCAGGCAGAGGUCCCUGCACUGUCCCCUCAGUGUCCCUGGCCCCGUGGGUGACGCAGCUGCAGGCGCUCGGUGCCGCCAUCCUCGGAGACAUUGGGGACCCAGUGGUGCCACCGCCCCUGCGAGGACAGUGGUGACAUCACCAAGAAACAGUGACAUCAUCAGGGAUAUCAGUGAUGUCACCAGGGAACAGUGAUGUCAAGGGUGACACUACGGUGACAGAGAUGAUGUCACUGGGGUGGCGGUGAUGUCGCGGUGAUGUUGAUGAUGUCACAAUGACAGCGAUGAUGUCAUGGCUCUGCCCCA